AUGGGGAAAGUUAUACAUUUCCUUAACACUAAAAAAGUGAAAGACCUGAACGAACAAGCAUGUAAAGAACUUCAAGUUUUAUGGGAUGAACUUAAAAAAUUUAAAUUUGAUCUUACUUGGCUAGAGCCACAAGUGCAAUCUGGUUUAGGAAUUGGAAGUUAUGUGGAGAAAGCUCUUGAGGUUGAAAAACUGAAAGGUAAUGUUGCAGAUCUAGAGAUGGAAAUAGAGACGCUAAAGGCAAAAUUGGCUGCUGCUGAGGUAAAUCUUGAUAUAGAAAGAGACUUGUUGAAAGCCGGAGGUAUCAAAGAAAGAGAUUUGAAUUCUGAAUUGAGUUCUGGAAGUUGGAAGCCAUAG